AAGAGGAGGAGCUAGAACACAUUGAAUACAAUAAUUUUGACAGAUGAGAUACUGUUUAGCAUUUUUUGGUCAGUCCUACAAACUUUGAAGUAAAUCAUGUUCUUGUGUUUAAUCUGGCUGGUCUGUAAAUGGCACCUUGCAUAUUCUGAGGAUCUGAUUACACCAUUCACCGAUGUUGUGCUGGCUUUGGAGGGAGACAGAGUCACUCUCUCCUGUAACUACUCUGGAACAGUUAAUAGCCUCCAGUGGUAUCUCCAAAAUCCCAGAUCCGCUCCACAGUUCCUCACCAUGGAGCACAUGGACAAUAAACCUGGAUUCUCUGUAAAACAUGAGAGAGAGAAGAAACAUGUUCACCUGGAGAUCUCCUCUUCUAAAGUGACAGACUCUGCUCUGUACUACUGUGCGCUGAGGCCCACAGUGACAGGAAGCCCAAACACACUGUACAAAAACCCUGACAUAGUGAGGGAGGAGGGGCCUCAUAUGUCUCACUCACAUGAUACAAAGUCUAGAACAGGCUGUUUCAGUAACGGACAAACCAUCCAGCCAAACCAACAUGAGGUCUAUGGAGAAGAAGGUCAUCAUGUUACUCUGUCCUGCAACUACUCCUCAGCCUACAGUCUUCUAUUUUAUAAGCAGUAUCCAGGAUCAGCUCCCGAGUUCCUCCUGCUCAUCCUUCACUCCACUGGGACAGGAGUCGAGCCUCUGGACUCUCGCCUGUCUGCCAAACUGAACACAGAGAAGACCUGUGUAGAGCUGGAGAUAUCCUCUGCUGAAGUGACAGACUCUGCUCUGUACUACUGUGCGCUGAGGCCCACAGUGUCAGGAAACCCAGACACGCUGUACAAAAACCUCACUUUACCUGAAAGUGACUUCAUGAUCUGUCAUUUCCCCUUGCCUCCGGUUAUAGUGCCAUCAAGUGGUGUCUUCAGUGUGUAACCCACUCGAAAAUAGCCUACUUAAUGUUUCUCUGCACACCAUAUUUGUCCAGUAGGUGGCAGUAGCAGUGGUGGUGCUGUAGAGAGGGGAAACUGCUA